AGUUCACUCAGCCGGCAAAGAAGCUCAAUUCUGAUUGGUCGACUUGCGGUACGCGGAAACAGAUGAAGCUUUCUUUAGUCGAUCCCUGCGCAAUGGCGGAGGUCAGGCUGCGGCUCGGGAGAGGGGCUUACAAGCUUUUAAAACCGCGAAAUCUCUCGCAGUUGGAUAAAGACUGUAAACUGGUUCCAACGGCAACUUAUGUUGCAGUUCUACUAAAUUCACCACAGCUCUGUGAGAUUGGAAAUGAGCGUGUCCAAGCAGCUAAAAGACCGGCAGCUCUGGAGUCUCCAAGCGGGGCUGUGAACACACUCUUUACCUGUGCUGGUGGAGAUGCAAACAGCGUGAAAGUGCGGUUGGACCUCAGUUCUGGAAAUGUUAGUACAUGGACUGACUGCCGUGGAUCGAAGUCCAAGGCAUCUGCAGUUCACAUGUCCUCCUGGAGGAACUCGUGUUUGAGAACUUAUGGAAAACUCCCUCUCCCGUCCAGUCAUGCUCUUUAUGGACCUCCAAGUGAUUAUUUAGGGCAGUUUAUGUCUUUAACCAGAGCUUAUAGUGGCACACAUGAUAAAGGCAGUCCGUUAUACAAGUCAAAGUCUGCUUAUUAUGAUAUUUUGGAAGUUCCUUCGACCGCCACGCACGUACAAAUCAAGACUGCUUACUAUAAACAGUCCUUCAUAUAUCACCCGGACAAGAACGCAGGGAGCGAGGAGGCCGCGUUCAGCUUCUCGCAGAUCAGCGAGGCGUACAGCGUCCUGGGUAAUAAAGCUCUGAGGAGGAAAUACGACCGUGGGAUCCUGAGUCAAGCUGACCUGCUGGGAACCAGCGAACCCGCCGGCAGAGAGAGUCCAGCAUCAGGACAGCAGAGCAGAACCCGACACUCUCCCUCUGUUGGAGCCUCCCAGCAGAACAUCUUUGACUUUGAUACCUUCAUCAGAUCACACUAUGGAGAACAACUUAAGAGAGAGCAGGAGAUCCGGCAGCGCAGAGAAGAGCUCAUCAGGAAAAAGAAGGAGCUGUAUGAGGAUAUGAAACUGGGCAGGCUGAAGGAAAUCGCUGUAGGGAUGAUGCUGGCAGUGGCUGUGAUCAUCUUAUUUAGCCUAAAGUCUAGCAAGUGAGGAAGACACGGGGAUACUUGAAGCAUAUCUCCCAUUUUAACAGCUUAGAGUUGGUUUUGAUUAAAAAUGUGCCAAAUCACACAAAUAUAUGGUACUGAUAUGUCGUAUCUAAA